AUGGACGGACCAAAUAACGGUAUCGUCCUCUACCACUAUUCCUUCUCCCCCUUUGCAAGGAGAGUGUUGUGGUAUCUGAGUUUGCGAGGCAUCGACUAUGCAGAAUGUAAACAACCCCCUGUCAUGCCUCGACCCGACAUUCACGCAUUGGGCGUAAAAUACAGGAGAAUCCCUGUAAUGGCCGUUGGUCGCGAUGUCUAUUGUGAUAGUCGAAUUAUACUUCGCAAGCUUGAGGAAUUCUUUCCCGACGGCGCUCUUGGGGCUUCUAGUGCAGAAGAGAAGGCCAUUGAGAAAUUGCUCGAGAUCUGGGCCAUUGAGUCUGGGGUUUUCGCGCGAGCAUCUCAACUCAUCCCGACUAGCAUGCCCCUUCUGAAUGACCCGAAAUUCACCCAAGACCGAGAAGAUUUCUCAGGUCGAUCCUGGAGUAAGGAGCAAAUCGCCGCAAAUAGGCCCGAAGCGUUGGCCGCCAUCAGAAGUGGAUUCAAAUUCCUGGAGACCACUUUGUUAGCAGAUGGUCGAGAAUGGGUGCUCAAAACGGAAAAGCCCACGCUGGCAGACAUUGAAGCUAUCUGGACAUUUGAUUGGUUGAAUGGGUUGAAGGGAGCUCUACCACGGGAGUUGAUAUCUGACAAGAGAUAUCCCAAGGUCUUUGCGUGGAUCGCCAGAUUUAACGAGGCCCUCAAGGUUGCUAAAGCUCAAGCGCCGAAACCAGCGUCUCUCAAGGGUGAUGCUGCAUUGCAACGUAUCCUCAACGCAUCCUUCGCACAACCAGACGUGGGAAUCGACCAAGCGGAUCCUUUAGGUUUGCAACAAGGAACCGAAGUGGAAGUGUUUCCAACUGACUCGGGGGUUCGGCAUCACGACCAGGGACAACUCAUAGGUCUGAGCGAAGAUGAAGUCGUCCUGGGCAUGCAGACCAAGGGAAGAGAGAUACGGGUGCAUUAUCCGCGGACAGGCUUUAGGAUCAAAGCUGUCACCGCCGGAGGAGAUUCGAAAUUGUGA